ACAAAAUAAAGCAUUAUAAUUUAAAAUAGUGCAAGUGAAUAAAAAUAAAUGCUUUUAAAAUAGUCAGAUACCAUUUAAAAUUGAAACUAUUUGGAUGUUAGUUUAUAGGCAUCAAGAGUUAAACUUUGACAUCUUGUUGCAUGAAAUAUUACACACUUUUAAAAUGUAAGAUUUUUCUGAUAAUAUAAUCAAUGUUUCCUUUCAGUCUGUGUCAUUUUGUUUAUUGCUAAGAUGUCUGCUUUUAUUCAAGCAUUGUGAGUCUGAGUGAAUAUAAGAUAUAUAUAUAAUAAACACUUUCUCACUUUCAUAUAUAAUUUAAUUUCAUGAUCCAUAUUUUAUUACAUACUGUAAUUUAAGGAUAAUAGUUCUAAGUCUUAUUUUUUCAAUUUCUUAAUUACAGAUUAUGAUAGUUCAACUUCCUCCAAAGAUUUAACAACUAUAAAACAGAAAAAAAUCCAUAAAUUGCAGAAAACAGUAAAAAGUCUCAGACAGAAAGUAAAACAGAUAAGUGCAAAAUUACAAAGUUUAGAAAGGAGUCUAAAUAUUCUUCAACAAGACCAAGUUGGAGGAGAUUUUUCACCAUUUAAACAAACUGAAAUUCUGAAUGUGAAUGGUGCAUAUAACAUCCAAUACCAAUUACAAAAUGACAGCAUGGAUGCAAGUUCCAUCGAACAUAGUGAACUUUCAAAAUUCCCUUCUAGUGAUGAGGAGUAUUCAAAUGAAAUUGAUGAAUAUGACCUCCAACAAGCAAAAAUUAAUUUACAAGAAGGCAUGCAAGACACUACAUGUCUUUUCAUGUGUGAAGUUUGUUAUCAAACUUAUCCAGAUAGUAAUAGUCUAGAAAAACAUCAUGAUCUACACACUGUGGAUGGUAUAUCUGAUCAUGAAGGUUCUGGAGAGAAUAGUACCAAGAGGGAGUCAAUUCUUUCAGAUUUACAAGAUUUCAUCUGCAAGUUUUGUAACCGCAAAUUUAACAAUGAUGUUUCCCUCAGUAAUCAUUUGAAAAUUCAUAACAGAAAAACAAGUUUAGCCUGUGAUAGUUGUGGAAAACAGUUUAAAACAACAGCUGGUUUAAAUAAACAUAAAAAAACUCAUUCCUUGGAAAAGCCCCAUAUGUGCACUAUGUGUACCAUGAGAUUCAAAAGAAUGUAUCACUUGAAGCGGCAUUUAAAAACUCAUUAUAAAAACAAAGCAUGUGACAAAUGUACUUUAAAAUUCAAAACAGAACGUGAUUUGAAGAUGCAUAAGAAGAAACACAAUGGUGUUGUUAACUCAGCUGCUAAUAAUGCUGCAGUAACAACCACACAUGCAUGUAUAAUUCGUUUAAAAAAAGAUCAAAAGUGAAAUAAUAUAGAAUAUAAUAGAUAAUAUAACCUCAGUUUCAUGCAUUUAAAAAGAACUUGUUUAAAUUGCAUGGUUACUAUUAAAGUUGGAUUAUGUCAAAGAUAUGUAUUAUUUUACUUUAAAAAGUAGAUGUAUCAUGACAUAGUAUAUUAUUAUUAAUGAAAAUUCAUCAAGAAUUCAUUUAACUUUCCUCAGAUUUUACAUAAAUGAAGACUUAAGAAUAAAUUCAUCAAAAUGAUUUUUAAGUGUACAAAAUGUUGAUAUUUUCUAUUAUUAUAAACUAUAAUUCAUCUAAAAGUGAUGUUCUAUAGUAUUAAAAUUAAAGGAACAUUUAAUGAAUGACAAUGAAGGACAAAGAAAUUAAUGUACAUUAUUUUCUGCAAAUAUGGGAUGUAUUUUUUCUGAGGAAAAGUUAAAGGAUUGUAUCAACGUAUAAUAACUUUGCAUUUUUUGAAAAUUUAGUAGAAAUGUCUAGAUUUUUAUCUGUUUUCCAGAUAUAGAAGGACUAAAAAAUUUCUAUUUUCAAUAUAAAUAAAAUGGUUGAAGGGAUUUAGAGUAAAACAUAUCAGGAGUUGGAAAUGUUAGAAGUUAAUACAAAAGGCUAUUCGUACAUUAUUAUUGAUCUUUUGUACUUUCAAGUGCAAUUUAAAUUGCUACUUUACUGCACAAUUGAACAACUUUAUAAACUGUAUUUCUUUUACAUUGCUGUGGAUGUUAAUUAAUUAUGUACAUCUUUUAAAUAGGAUAUAUUUUUAUUUGCUGUUGAACAUAACAUAAUAUCAUGCAUAAUUCGUGGGUACAAAGAAAAGUUAUUUUGUGUUCCACAGUAAUAACUUGUGUACAACUUUACUAGGCCAGUUAGCAACUUAUAUUUGAACAAGUACAAUUUUUAGACAUUGGGACUCGCAUAGAAUAUCACUUUGUAAAUCACUCGUAAGUAUAUUAAUCAUGUUAUGUCAAUCACCACUGCAUAAGGUUCCAAGUUCCUUUAAUAUAAUAAUCCGUGCACGUGUAUGAAUGUUUCAUCUUUGAUGAAAGUGAUAACAUUUUUAAAAACAUUUUUUUCAUGCAUUUUAAAUAUUAUUGACGUGAUAUUUCAUUAAUUUGACGUAUUUUUAUAAGAAUUAUUAGUCUUUGUAGAUGAUUUAUGUGAAAAGAAUGAUUCUUGCUUUUGUAUAAACAAUUAUUUUAUUUUUAAAUCUCAAAGUAAAACUUUGCUCAGUUUGUAAUUAUUUUGUUAUAAAAAUUAGUUAAAUUUUUUUUUUAAUUUUUAGCAAAGAGAAGUUUAUGAAAUGUGGAAUCAUUAAUAAAUAAAGAUAUUGUUAAAUUUAUUAGCAUUUGUUUAAGUAAUUUGAAAUUUUAUUAAUAUAUCUUAACGUAAAAUAAAAUAUAAUAAGUUAUAUAUCAACAUCUCAAUAACCCAAUGUAUUAUCAUGUAAUUUCUAAUUAUUAUUUGUAGUGUAAUAUUGCCCGAUUAAUUUGGAGGAUGGUUGGAUGUGUAAUAGGUUAAUUAUUAGGAAACGGAGCCUUGUUACUGUUAAAUAAUAAAAAAUAAAUAGAAUUACAUAUUUUAUCAUAUCACUUUAUAACUACUGAGUGGGCUUAUUUUAAUGCCCAUUUACAGAUUAAUCAGGCCCUUAAUGAAACAGCUAAAGUGCUUCAGAAGCAGGAACCAACAUAUCAAAGUCAAAUCAUCCUGAAAAUUUAUAAUAAUCUAAUUUGAACUCAAAUCACUCUCUCAGUGGCAGGCUGAUUUUUUUUGGUCAUUUGGCUAUCAAACAGAACCAGCUCCAAUUCAUAUCACUUCCAUCUUUUUAAGUAUAAAUUAUAUAGCUUUAAAGUGCUACAUGCAUAAUAAGAAAAAGCUAUAGCAUUAAAUAUUUCUUCAUGAAAUAGCGAGGUUGAGGCCGAAGUU